CGCCACCGCGAGAGAGCGCGCCAAACCUGGAAGCGCGCGACGUCUUCGCGUGUUUUUUUUUUUUCUUUUCUUGCAGUGACUUGACCUUACAAAUUAGACAUGGUUUCCGAGGCUAUGCGCAGUUUCGUAUUCAGAAAGCUUCACAGUUGCUCAGAUCUCAGUACUUUGACACUUGGCAUACUGCGAAAGAAGUAUCUGGAGCAUGUGGGCAGGGAUUCGCUCUCUGCAGAACACAGACAGCUGCUGAAGAAAAUCGUAGAAGAGGAGCUCUUGAAAAUGCAGGACAGCAGCAGUGAUGAUGAACCUUUAAUAAUAAGCGUGACGCCACCACACAAUCGAAAUAAACGUAAAAGGGAAUAUGAUGAGGAAGAAGAACAAGUCGCAGAUGUGUCAAGGAAGAAGAAAUUACGUUUUGUGACAGAUCCAACAGAUUCUCCAGACUCUGGCAUCGAGAAGGUAGCAAAUGAGGAACAGCUUAAAGAAGGGGAAAAUGAUGAAAGUGAUAAAGACUUGGCACAAGUAGAAGAAAAACAGAAUAAAAAGGUUCAAAGGAAGAAGGUAAAAGAACAGCGCAAUGUGAAAAGCAAUAGGAAGAAGGAAACAAGCUCAGAAAGUGCUGAAGAAGAGGAAAGGGAGAAGAAGAAGACAAAUAAGGUAAAGAAUAAGGGGAAGGUUUUAGAUAUUGAGGAAGAUGAUCACAUGAGCUCUAGUGGUUCAGAUGAAGACAAAGAAAAUCAUCAAGCAAAAGCCAGAGGUGGAAAGACAAAGCGAAGCGAGAGCUCUGACAGUGAGGAGGAGAUGAGUGAUGAAGACAAAGAAAAUCAAAAGAAAGUGAAAGCUAAAGGUGAAAAGAAAAAGGAGAGAGAGAGUUCGGACAGCUUGGAGGAGGUGAGUGGUGAUGAAAUGGCAAACAAGAGUAAGAAAAAGGUUGUUGGAAAAAAGAGCAAAGCGGUUGCUCAGAAGAAGAGGAAGCAAACGGAGAACAAAAAAGAACCCAAGUCACUGGAGAGUGAGGCGGUGAGAAAAGUGCAGAAGGAGGUCUUCGGGAGUAGUUCUGAUAGUGAAGAUGACGAGGUGAUGAAACCAGCAGAAACAAGUGACAGCAUUGAUGAUGAGAGUGAUAAUGAAAAGGAAAAAAAGAAAGAUGCUGAAAAUGUAUCCUCUGAUGAAGAAGUAAAAGAAACAGUAAAAGGAAAGGAUAAAGACGGGGAAAAGGUGAAUGACUCGGACUCCUCCUCUUCUUCCUUGCCCUCUUUGGAAGAGGAUGAAGAAGCAGUGGAGACGAAGCCCAAACAGGAAGAAAAGACGAAGAAAAAGCACAUGACGAAGAAAAAAAACAGUGAAAUGAGUGAGAGCAAGGCCAAAGGAGGAAAGGAUGAUGAGAAUAAAGCCGUGUCGAGACUUAAGCGCUACAUCGGCCUCUGUGGUGUGCGGCGUAACUAUAAAAAGCUAUUAGAAGGCUGCCGCUCAGUGAAGGCCAAAGUAGCAGUGCUGAAGAAAGAACUGGAAGAGCUGGGGGUGGAAGGUCAGCCAUCUAUAGAGAAGUGUAAGAAGGCCAGGAUGAAAAGAGAAGAAGCUCAGGAGCUGGCAGAACUGGACGUCAGCAACAUAAUUACCACUCAGGGUCGUCCUAAACGGCGAACUGCAGCAUCGUGGCCCAGUGUUAAGGGCAGCUCAACGCCUAUCUCAGCCUUCAAACGUGUGGUAAACUCCGAUUCAGAGAGCGAGGAUGGCAAUGCAGAUAGAGGGCGCAAGAGAGCAACAGACUGGAGCAACUUGCGUGGGAUUAUCAGCGAUGACGCAGACAGCAAUUAGGCAGUUUUCUGUGUGUUCAUAAUGUGUUCAUAAUGUGUUCAGUUCAAGACUUUGUUUAAUUUUCUAUGUUUGUUGCCAUAUUUCUUAUGAAUAAUAUUUAUCAGUGCACUACUUUUUAUAUAUUAAUAUUCUUUAUGCAAUUUAAAGAAAUAAUAAAGAAUUGUCAUUUGUAA